AUCAUUAUCGCUCUAGAUUCUUGAUUCUUUAACUUGCUCAAAAAAUAUUCCACUUUCAUGGAUCCCAGUAUCAUAAUAAUUAUUGGCAACUCCAUUUUGCUUUUCCUGUCUGCUCACUGUCUGUCAAAACAGAACCGUUUACAUUACUUUUUUAUCUGUAACUCAAGACCUCAAUUACUCUGAUGAUUUUCUCUGGUUAAUUUGAUUAAUCUGCCAUCUAUAAUAUUUCCCUUUGAUUUGUGCGCGGAAGAAAUACACCCUGUUGGUUUAAUAUUUUGACUGUUGUUUUAAUCAUUUAAAAAACUGAUCUAGACUCUUCUUAAUCUUCAUUUGCUAUGGAAUCAUCAGAUUGAAGUGGGUUACCCAUUUAGUCCUUUUUAGUUCAAUAUUAUAUCCAGAAUGGCCGAGUCUAAUGUUUCUACUAUGGUGUUAGAUCUGAUGGACAACGGAACUACAGAUUGGCCUAACACGACAACAACUGAGAUACCAAGUAAUGGAACUAUACCUCAUGUCAUUGAUCACUAUCAUUUCUGUCAAUGGAUUUUGUAUCGUGAUGUUUCUCAGACAAGGAUCAGACUAUGGGAUCUCUUGAUUGCUUUACCUAAUCUGUGUUUCUUCAUCUUUUUGACGAUUAAAUUCAAGAGUACCAGAAUCCGAUUACGAGCCUCAACCUCACCAGUUAUGUUCACCUUUUACGUCCUUGUGUGUCUCAAUGUCACAGUCAGUCUAAUCAGAUGUGUUCUUGCUAUGACCGUCAAUGCAACAACCUCAACUGGUUCCAGUUUGGACAUAUUAUUUUGGAUACUAGUCCGUUUCUUUCUUCUCUCUACCGAGAUUUCCAUUGUUGUAUUUUGUCUUGCUUUUGGCCACCUUGACAGUCACACCUCUAUCAAAAGAGUUUUAAUUGUCACAUCUCUGGUCUCUUUUGCAUAUUCAUCCAUUCAGGGCACACUUGAAUUGAUUGCUCCAGAUGAAAAUUUUUAUAUGCCUGAAUCAAACUAUCAGCUUUUUGGACACGGAGGGAUGGUUUUUUGGUCAUGUACUUGUGCAAUAAUUAGUUUUGUUUAUCUAGUUGUUACUAUCCUUCCAUGGACAUCGUGUCGGAAUAGAAUUAUUUUACCAGGGAAACCCUCUUUCUAUGUUUAUACAUUUAUCCUAUUUCUUCUCAAUCUCGUCCAAACCAUUGGAAGCAUUUUAUACCACAAUCAUCAAAUCGUUGGCAUCUGUAUAGUAGAUAUAACUACCUAUCUUUAUUACACUCUAUUCACUCCACUAGUUUAUUGGACCUUUUUGGCUUCAUUUUUCUCUUAUACCAAAUCUCUCAUGUUUUCUUACAAACCGCAAAUUGAUGACGGACUGGACGAUAAUGCCAUUAAUUCAGGAAUGGGACCUUCAUCUAAUCCCCAAAUAUCUCAUCAACUGUCUUGCUCAUCCAUCCGAACCGAUGGAUCAGAUUUCAUUUAUCAACAAAAGUUAACAGAUCCGACGUCUUCAGAAGUCAGAAUUGGCGAUGUAAAAUUAUCUUUCUAUGAAUCAUCUCUUUCCCCUGACUCAAUUCAAUCUAUUAACAGUUAACUAAUUGCUUGACCCUUUUUUAAAGAAAUUAUCUUUUCUAUUUAUUGAAACAUUUAUCUAAAACAUUA